GCUCCUCUUACUUUACCUUCUGGCAGCCGCAAACCUAUACCAAAGAUCCAAAGUACCACCGAUGUCUCGACCUACGGAAAAGCUAAGAUUAUUGACCGAGCGUGUUCUGGACGACGACAUCGCAUUCGACAUACUGACUCGGCUACCAGUGAAAUCCUUAAUCCGAUUCAGGUGCGUUUCUAAAUCAUGGUACUCUACAAUCACAAACCCCAUUUUCAUUGCCACACACUUCAAGCUCAACGAAGCCAAAUCAUUAUCCAAUAAAAAUAGUCACAAUGGUUAUCUGCUAUAUACAUCUGUAACAGAGGGCUAUUCUUUUCACGAAGAUUUGCGUACACUUGUUUACAAUAGGGACCGCACAGUGACUGAGAUUUCCAGGUUUAUAACCCCCUUUCCCUUUUGUGAUGCCUUCAUGAAUUGCUUCUGUAAUGGCAUCUUCUGCCUCGAUAGGUUUGACGAAAACAAUGGUGAUCAUAUGAUAUAUUUGUGGAACCCAAGCAUUAGAAAGUUUAAGAUGCUUGCUCCUGCUCUUUUGACUGCCCCUUUUGAUUGUGCCACCCUUGGACUUGCUUAUCAUUCUCAAAAGAAUGAUUUCAAGAUUCUUAGACUUGUGAGUUUCCCAGGGUCUCUUGGAGAGCCAGAUCCACUGACUGAGGCUGAGGUUUACACAUUGAGUACGGAUUCAUGGAGAAAGGUUGUAAUAUCGGUGGAUUCAUCCGAACCCAACAUUGGAUAUGUUUAUCAUACUUCACCGUUUAUAUUUUUUAAUGGAGCACUUCACUGUAUAGCAUCUACUAACAACGGCCGUUUCAUUUUGUCCUUCGAAGUCAAUGAUGAGAGAUUCCAUAAGAUAAUGUUGCCUCAGGAUUCCUUAGAUGGAUACCAAGGAUGUCUUGGAGUGUUCAAGGGAUUGCUGGCUUUUACUGUUUUGUCUAGUGAUAUAGACCCCAUAUGCGACAUAUGGGUGAUGAAGGAAUAUGGUUUGGUAGAGUCUUGGACUAGAAAAUCUGUACCAAUCGAUUGGAUUCAUUCUCUUUUUGGCGUCACUGACAAUGGUGAACUAUUUGGCAAUGCCACAGAGCUUAAUUUGAUUGACCCUGAGAAGAAUCUAAAUCAAAACAUUCUUGUAUCAAAGAGAUAUAUUAGAUGGGUUGGUUAUGCAUCUAAUUUUAUGGAGAGUUUGGUUCUACUUGAUGGGGGUAAAUGCAUCGUCUGA